AUGUCGGACUCCGAAGCCGGUGGCGUACCCCUCCUCGAGCCCCUCUCUCCCUCAACUUCUCCCGCACCCACAUUAUCCACAAAGCGGAAGCGAGAAGCCGAGCCGAAAAGCAAACGAGCCGCCAAGCGCAAGCGGACGAAGAAGCCCAAAGACAUCAACGAGGAUGAGCUGGAUGAAGAGCUGGGUGUGAACACCGCAAUCGCGCGCAUGGACAGUCGAUUGCUGGCGGACUAUGUCGCCCAGCGCACCAAGCGGUUUGAGAGCGAUCUGAGCUUGGUGGAGCUGGAAGAUAGAUAUCUGCCGGAGCGAGCUAUUCGAGACACGAGCACGUGGAAGGAGCAACGGGACUUGGAGCAUCUACCGGCGUUCUUGGAGAAGUUUGGCAAGGGCUUGAAGGAAGCACCGAAGGCGAAGGGGAGUCCUCAUACGCUUGUUGUGGCUAUUGCUGGAUUGAGGGCUGCGGACCUGACGAGGGCUCUCCGGAAGUUUCAGUCAACGGACGCCACGGUAGCUAAGCUCUUUGCAAAGCACAUCAAGCUGAAGGAAGCAAUCGAGUCAUGCAAGAAGACGAGGAUGGGCAUUGGUGUGGGCACACCUCAGAGAAUAAUCGAUCUACUGGAUGACGCAGGUGCGUUAUCUUCAGAUAAUCUGAAGCGGAUCGUGAUUGAUGCCUCCCACAUUGACCAGAAGAAGAGAGGCAUCCUGGAAAUGAAGGAGACCGAGGUACCUAUGGUGCAGCUGCUCGCUCGUGAUGAAUUCAGGAAGCAUUACGGUGCCGCGGAGAACAAGGUCGAGCUGCUGUUCUACUGA